AAAUAUUGACAUGUUUUCCGUACCGUGUACGCGCUGCAGCCUACAGUCAGUGCUCAGUGGCGUGGCGCCUGUCCACGGAGUAACGCCUUUUUCAGCUCGUUAUUUACGUAGUUCUAGUUUUCGUAAUUUAAAUCGAUCGUUGUUGUGGUGUUUUUACCCCUAUCGUCAUCACCCGCAGUUCUAAUAAUUGCGAUAAUUGUGUUAAUUAAUUGUUCUUGUUUAUUCUUCCAACCGAAACUAAUUGUUUAGGCACACACGUCAAAAUGUCGAAAAACGUAUACCUCCCGUAUAGCGCGACAUCCGAGAAGGCUCACAUCAAGUCUAUGGAACAUUACCGGGAAAUGCACAAUAAAUCGUUGGAGUCGACUGCGGAAUUUUGGUCAGAAAUCGCGUCACAAUUUCACUGGGAAACGCCGUACGACAUCAACAACUUUUACUCGUACAACUUCGACGUGACCAAGGGGCCCGUUCAAGUUAAAUGGAUGGAAGGCGCCACUACAAACGUGUGCUACAACCUACUGGACAAGAACGUGCGCAACGGGAUGGGUGACAAAGUAGCUUUUUACUGGGAAGGCAAUGAUCCGGAAGACUAUAGCAAAAUCACAUAUAAAAAACUUUUAGAAGAAGUAUGCCGGUUUUCAAAUGUAUUAAAAUCCAAAGGCGUAGUUAAAGGUGACCGUGUCGCAAUUUAUAUGCCAAUGGUUUUUGAGAUCGUGAUUGCUAUGUUAUCGUGUGCAAGAAUCGGCGCAGUUCACUCUAUUGUUUUCGCAGGAUUUUCAUCCGAUUCGCUAGCAGAACGUAUGGCCGACUGUAAGUGCAAGGUCCUUGUGACAGCUGAUAGUGUAUACAGAGGAGACAAAUUGUUAAACAUUAAAAGCCUAUGUGAUAUUGCAAUGGACAAAGCCAAGAAUUUUGGACACGAAGUUUCAACUUGUAUUGUAGUUCGUCACUUACCACGUCUUUACAGAUCCAUGAACACAUCUAAUGGUACAAAUGGGUCUAACUCCGACAUCAUAGAUCUACACUCAGACGUGCCAUGGACUGAUGGACGAGAUUAUUGGUGGCAUGAUGAGAUGGAUGAUGUAGAACCCUCUUGUUAUCCAGUCUGGGUGUCUGCAGAAGAUCCACUAUUUAUGUUAUACACGAGUGGAUCAACAGGAAAACCAAAAGGAGUGCUUCAUACAACUGGUGGAUACUUAUUAUACGCUGCUACUACUUUCAAGUAUGUUUUUGAUUACCACCCAGGGGAUGUUUAUUGGUGCACAGCAGAUAUUGGUUGGAUCACUGGCCACUCUUACGUUGUUUAUGGACCUUUAGCAAAUGGGGCAACUUCAGUUAUAUUUGAAGGAACACCAUUUUAUCCAGAUAAUGGAAGAUACUGGUCAGUUAUUGAAAAAUACAAAGUAACACAGUUUUACACUGCACCGACAGCCAUUCGUGCACUAAUGAAGUUUGGAGAAGAACCAGUAAAGAAACAUAAUCUCGAUUCACUAAAAGUAUUAGGUUCAGUAGGUGAACCAAUAAAUCCAGAAGCUUGGUUGUGGUAUUACCAACAUAUUGGCAAAGAAAGAUGUUCCAUAGCGGACACAUUUUGGCAAACUGAAACCGGAGGGCAUGUUAUAACUCCACUCCCGGGUUGUACACCAAUGAAACCAGGAUCGGCAUCAUUUCCAUUCUUUGGUGUUAAACCAAUCCUAUUGGAUGAAAGUGGUAAAGAAAUUGAAGGAGUUGGCGAGGGAUACUUAGUUUUCAAUAAGCCUUGGCCCGGUAUAAUGCGCACAUUAUUUGGAAAUCAUGAACGAUUCCAAUCAGUUUACUUCAGCAAAUUUCCAGGAUACUAUUGUACAGGAGAUGGUGCAAGAAGAGAUGAAGAUGGAUACUUUUGGGUGACUGGAAGAGUGGAUGAUAUGUUAAAUGUAUCUGGACACUUGAUGAGCACUGCUGAAGUGGAAUCUGUACUCACUGAACACCCAGAUGUUUCUGAAGCUGCAGUUGUAUCAAGACCACAUCCAAUCAAAGGAGAGUGUCUUUAUUGUUUCGUUACUCCUAAUCAUGGUGUGUCUUUUACAUCAAAACUUUCAUCCGAAUUAGUUAAAAAAGUGAGGGAAUCGAUUGGGCCUUUUGCUAUGCCGGACGUUAUUCAACAUGCACCAGGUCUUCCAAAAACUCGGUCUGGAAAAAUAAUGAGAAGAGUCUUACGAAAAGUAGCAAUCAAUGACAGAGAAGUAGGUGACAUAUCAACAUUAGCUGACGAACAUAUAGUUGAAGAACUAUUCAAAAAUCGGCCGGAAAAAUCAUAAAAAGUUACCAAAAAAAAAAUUAUUUUAUAAUAUUGUUUGUUGCAAACAUGACCUACAUAUCAAAUUGUGAAUUUUUUUGUCUUAAGUCCUUGGUAGUAUGUAAUCAAAAAAGUUGUCUUAAACAAUUAAUUUAGGGUGACAUAUUAUAGAUGCUCGUGGUUUAUUAAAAUGAAUAUUAUGUACUUAAUCCAAUAGAAUGAUGAUCACCAUCAAAACUAAUUGAGCUCAUCUUUAUUGUAACUUGUAAGUGAAUUAUAUUCUGUACUCAUUAGUUGACAGUUGCUUAUAAAGUUAUAAGUUUGACAACCAAUGUUGUCAUUUGUUAAGUUUAUUAUUAUGUUUUAACUUUAGUUAUACGAAAAUUAUUAUGAUGAUAAAAAUCUGCUUUCUUAAUUUUUCAAUAAGAAUUAUGAGCAAUUAUAUCAACAUAAUAUAAAUGUACCUAAACGAUUGCAGUCGUAGUUUUUUAAGUGUUACUGUUAUAGUAUAAUAAUCGCGUGGACGAUUCAAAUGUAAGAAUCAUUACCUAACUUCUAUUUACUAUAUUUACUAAGUACCUAACGCUACCAUGCUCUCCAAUAAUGAUUUUUACAAUAAGAAACUGAAUAUAAAUACCUACCUAUUUAUAGAAUGUCAAAAUUAUAUAUAUAAUUACUUUGUAAGUCAAUGAUUUAAUAUACCAUAUUUAUUGUUUAUGUAAAAAUGUUUCUGUUAAGAAAUCAAAAUGGAACAAAUAAUAUCAAACUAAAGCACAAAACAACCAUUUUUUUUUUAUUUUACGACUACUUGUAAUUUGCUUACAGGAACGAACAUCAUAAAAUUUAUGUUAAGAGUAUCACAUACACUUAUGCAACACAUACAUAUCAUUUUAAAAGUUAUUUUACAACAGUAAAAAUUGUUAAUCAUAUAUUUAAUCUAUUAUAUUGUAAUUUGUAACCAAUAUUGUUAUAUAAUUUAAAUAAAUAAAGAAAAAAAAUUAUCAAUUCAAAAUUGAUACUAAAUUUUGAUUUAUUCAUGAAUUA